AUGAAGAAGACGAUCGAUCCACGUUUGCAUUCCCCAGAGAUCGACUUUCUCCCUUUGGCCAUCCUUGGGCGGUGCUCAGACCACCUUGUCGAGAUCAUUGUUUUCUGUGGUAAUCAUACCGCAACGUCGGUGCAUCGGUUCAGAGGGCUCUUUCGGCCCUUUGGGAUACCCUUCGGCCUCAACGUCCCCGUCGUCCACGAGGACAAAGAGAAUAUUUUCAGAUCUUCCAUUGGCCUACGCACGGAGCCCGCCGUCGAGGGACCUCACCCAUUGCUCCCCUCCACUGCCGACGGUGCCUCCCCAUUCGGCCUCAACCUCAACACCAACAUCGACUUCGCCUACAUCGAUCACCACGGUUCACACCUCUGCAACCGACACGCUAACCUGCCAAGAGCUCUUACCGGUGGCAGCCUAGGUAGUCGACGUCGACCUCACCCUGCUGGUAUCGGCGGAUGUGAUGGCUCGAAGGAUGGAAUUCAAUUCGAAUCUUGGGGUACAUGUUACUGUUGUACCUUGGAUCCCAUGCACGAGUAUCUGUUGUUGUGA